UGCGCACGCCAAGGACCCCGCUCAGGUGGUAGACAAUGAAGCAUUGUAUAGUGAUCAGUUACACCUCUCAUGCGAAAGCUUCAUAUUCCUUUUGAGAAAAAUGCAGGCGUGUGCAGGUCGAAUAAGAAAUUAAUCCUUAUUGCUGUGUAAGGCAUCCUCAGACCGUUGCCAAUUUUUGGAAUGAGCGAUAUGUUUCUCUUGAAAACGUGGGUGUGUGCAGGUUGGUGAAGUGAUGAACCCUCAAAGCUGUUUUCCACGUUAGAGAUAAUUUUCGCACACACUUGAAACUGACGAUUCUUGAAGAGAUAAUCUUACGCUCAAUCUCUCUCUCUCCCUCCAAGAAAGCGUAGGUGUGCACUCGAGUGAUUGAGGGAUGGUCAAAUUUUGUUGAGAGGGAGGAGAUUUUGAAAAUUCCGGUGGGAAGUGUCUAAGGGAGGUUCUAUGAGAAGAAAGUGGAAAUUUUUCGGCAAUUCGAAGGACUUUUGGCAAUUGAAGUGGAAAGGGAAGCUUCGCUGUCCACCGUAUUUAAGGACCCGGUGCAUGCUUCGUCAGUCAAUUCACUCCUCGUUUCCAAGUUCAUUCGGCAAAAUAGUGAAAAGUGUUCUCCCGCCUUCGAGUAUAACCCCUCAAGAUACACCGGAGUCAGGAUUUUUCUUGCAAGCUGACAAGAAAAUGUCACCGAAGAAGCUAAAUUCAUCAAUGCAGCCUUCUCGAAGCCGAAGGAGUCUGCAGGUCGCCCAGGAGCGUAUACGUUGGCUGGACGCCAACGCACCAACUCUCCUAACAAUGCUCGACUACGUCUCCUGGGCAAUGGACGUGGUCGAAACACUGCCACAACCACCAAAUGCUGCUUUGCAGCAAUUAGCACCGCGACGAUCUCCGACGGCUGAACUGCCACGACGAUCUCCGGCGGCUAACCUGCCACGACGAUCCCCGGUGGCUGACCUGCCACAACGAUCCCCGGUGGCUGACCAGCCUCGACGAUCCUCGACGGCUGAGCAGCCGCAGAGAUCUUCGACGGCUGAGCAUCCUCGACGAUCCUCGGCGGCUGACCCGGCGCAGCGAUCUCCGACGGCUGACCCGCCACGGCGAUCCCCAAUGGCUGAGCAGCCUCAGAGAUCUUCGACGGCUGAGCAGCCUCGGCAAUCUCAAACAGCUGAGCAGCCUCGACAAUCUUCGGUGACCCGAAGAAGACGGUCUCGGUCGAGCUCAAGUUCUAGCUCGAGUUCGAGCUCGAGUUCGAGCUCUAGUUCGAGCUCUAGUUCGAGCUCCAGCUCUAGCGGAACAUCAUCUAGUAGCGCAUCAUGUACAUCUGUUAAAAGUAUACGCGAUCUCAAGCCGAUUCCUAAGAUCGCGUCCUCGAAUAUGAAGAGAAAAGUAAAUGAUCAAAAAGGCAACGAGCAGAAGAAGAAAAAGGCAGGAGAGAGAGAGACGUCACCAAAACCAGGAACAUCUACAAUGACUUCAGAGGUUACGAGACCAGUACCGAGACGUGGUAUUUUGCAAUUGAAAAGGACUGAUAGUAAACAGCAGCAGCAACACCAGCAACAGCAGCAGCAACAACGGCAGCAACAACCGCUGCAGCAACAGCAACAGCAACACCAGCAACUGUAA